AUGUCGAAAUCGAUUGCAAUCAUCGCGGGCGUUGGACCAGGCACCGGCGCAGCAAUAGCACGCCAAUUCGCCAGCAACUACCCAGUCGUCCUCCUCUCCCGCAAGCCUGAGAACUACGAACCACUCGUUAAAGAACUCAAAGACGCCGGAAAAGACGCUUUUGGUGUUAGCACCGAUGUCUCGGACUCCAGCUCUGUCAAGUCCUGCAUUGAGGCCGUGAAAAAGCAGUAUGGCAACGACGUGAAGGCCGCUGCGGCGAUCUACAAUGCCAGCGGGGGCUUUGUGAGGAAGCCAUUCCUCGAGCUUACGGAGGCGGAUUUGGAGGGGAGCUGGGCAGGCACUGUCAAAGGCGCAUUCAACUUCACCCAAGCAGUCCUCCCCCUCCUCACGCCCGCCUCUGCCUCCGCUACCCCACCAAAAGAAUCCCACGGCCCUCCCACCCUCAUCUUCACAGGCGCCACCGCCUCCGUCAAAGGCUCCGCGAACUUCUCCAUCUUCGCGGCACCGAAGUUCGCCGUGCGUGCCAUGUCGCAGAGUCUGGCGCGGGAGUACGGACCCAAGGGCGUGCAUGUCGCCCACGCGAUUAUUGAUGGUGUGAUUGAUAUUCCACGGACGAAAGAGUGGGCGUUGCCAGAGGGGGGAAAGAUUAGGCCAGAGGGCAUCGCGGAGGCGUAUUGGUGGUUGCAUGGGCAGGAUAGGACGGGGGUGGACUUGGGAGGUGGACUUGAGGCCGGGAAUAGAGAAGUGGUGAGAAGGGAGUGA